AUGUCAAUCUACCAAGAUGAAGCUUCGCAUAAUGAAACUCUACUAAAACUUGCAAAGUUAGAUUUCAAUCUUGUUCAGUCUUUGCACAAAAAGGAGCUCAGUGAUAUGUGGUGUAAAGAAGUAGACUUUGAAAGGAAGUUGCCUUUCGGAAGAGAUUGUGGAAUUGUACUUUUGGACAACGGCAUAAAAAUUCUAAACAAAGUCAUUGCCCUGGGAAAAGUGAUGGAUGACAUAUACGAGGCAUUUGGUACCUACGAAGAAGUCGAGAUCUUUAUCGAAGCAAUUAGGAGGUGGGAUGUCAAUUCCAUGGAUGAACUGCUAGACUAUAUGCAAAUAGUUUAUCAAACACUUUUGAAUCUCUUAAAUGAUAUUGAGGAUGAGAUUGUGAAGCAAGGAAAUGCAUAUAUACCGAGUUUACUAUGCAAAAGAAGCUGUAAGACCAACUGA